GUUGUACGAACGAGGGAAAAAAAAAAAAAAAAAAAGCAUGAAACCCCUCGCGAGUACGGCGGCGAGCUCCUGAAGAGCCCACUCCUCAUGCGGAUCUCCGCCGUCGCCCUCGCCUGCGUCGCCGCCUUCUUUCUCGGCAAGCACUGGUCCGACACCUCCCACGCCUCCUCUCUACUCCCUUUCUCCUCCUCCUCCCCCCUCCCCUCCUCCUCCUCCUCCUCCUCCCUCUCCGUCGCCAUCUCCCCCAACGCCAAUCUCACCAUCGACCUCGCUUCCCUCAUCUCCGACUCCAACCCAAACCUCCUCUCACCUUCUCCCCCGCCCCCUCCGCUACCGCCACCUCCUCCUCUUACGCCUCCGCCUCCGCCUCCGCCUCCUCCGCCCCCUGCGAGGUUCGGGAUCGUGGACGACAAUGGCGCGAUGCGUGAGGACUUCGACGUGGGGGCGUCGGGCUCGGAUCUGGAAGGAAACCUCGUCGACUAUGGGAGCGCGGGAAACGAGACGACUAGCGGGGGCGGAGAUGUGGAGCAGAGUGUCCGGUUUAGUGUUAGGAAGUUCGGGACGUGUCCCGAGAGCAUGAGGGAGUACAUUCCCUGCUUGGACAACGAGGACGAGAUCAAGAAGCUCAACUCGACGGUGAGAGGAGAGAGGUUUGAGCGGCACUGUCCUGGAGAGGGGAAGCGGUUGGAUUGUUUGGUUCCGGCACCGAAGGGGUACAAAACCCCGAUCCCAUGGCCCAGAAGCAGAGAUGAGGUAUGGUUCAACAAUGUACCUCAUACACGGCUUGUCGAAGAUAAAGGAGGGCAAAAUUGGAUCACAAGGGUUAAAGAUAAAUUUAGAUUUCCUGGAGGUGGAACUCAGUUUAUACAUGGAGCAGAUCAAUAUUUGAAUCAGAUCUCUCAGAUGGUUCCAGAUAUCGCAUUUGGCUCUCAUACUAGAGUUGUGUUAGAUGUUGGGUGCGGUGUAGCAAGUUUUGGUGCUUUUUUACUUUCACGGAAUGUGCUGACCAUGUCUAUAGCUCCAAAAGAUGUUCAUGAAAAUCAAAUACAGUUUGCUCUUGAGCGUGGUGUGCCUGCAAUGGUAGCAGCAUUUGCAACACAUCGUUUAUUGUACCCCAGCCAGGCAUUUGACUUAAUUCAUUGUUCGCGCUGCCGAAUAAAUUGGACCCGUGAUGAUGGAAUUUUGCUUCUUGAGGUUAACAGAAUGCUAAGAGCCGGAGGUUACUUUGCUUGGGCUGCCCAACCUGUUUAUAAGCAUGAAGAGAGUCAGCAACAGGCUUGGAAAGAAAUGGAGGACCUUACUGCUCGAAUAUGCUGGGAGCUUGUGAAGAAGGAAGGAUAUCUAGCUAUAUGGAGGAAACCCCUGAAUAAUACGUGCUAUAUUAGUCGUGACUCUAGAGUUCAACCCCCACUUUGCGAUCCUGAGGACAAUCCCAACACUGUCUGGUAUGUAAAUCUAAAAGCUUGUAUCAGCCGUCUUCCCAAGAACGGAGACGGAUCAAAUCUCAUACCAUGGCCUGCACGCCUAAAUGAGCCACCAAAAAGGCUUCAAGGAGUCAAUAUGGAUGCUUACAUUUCGAAAAACGAGCUAUUUAAGGCGGAAACAAGAUUCUGGAAUGACAUCAUUGAAGGCUAUGUGCGAGUUUUCCAUUGGAAAAAGUUGAAGCUAAGGAAUGUAAUGGAUAUGAGGGCUGGAUUUGGAGGGUUUGCAGCUGCAUUAAUUGAUCAGAAGGUUGACUGCUGGGUGAUGAAUGUCGUUCCUAUUAGUGAACCUAACACAUUGCCUGUAAUAUAUGACCGUGGACUCAUAGGCGUGACUCAUGACUGGUGUGAACCAUUUGAUACGUAUCCAAGAACCUACGAUCUUUUGCAUGCAUUUUGCCUCUUCUCCAAUGAGAAGAAAAGGUGUAACAUUUCGAGCAUCUUGCUGGAGAUGGAUCGCAUAUUACGGCCCGGGGGUAGAGCUUAUAUUCGUGAUACAAAGCUCGUAAUCAAUGAGAUCAGAGAAAUCACAAAUGCCAUGGGAUGGAGAACUGCCGUGCGUGACACCUCCGAAGGCCCGUAUGCUAGCAGGAAGAUAUUGAUGUGCGAGAAACCGAUGGUUCGUUCGUAGAGAAAGAAACAGUGUCAUAAAGGAGUAUUUGUUACAGAGGGAAUACAAAUUCAUCGUUGUACUAUUCUUUCAUUCCUUUCACAUGUGGGCUAUUAGUAUUCAGAGAAAUGAAUGCAUCCAGAAAGCAUUUUGUUGUACAUUUGUGGCAAUGGUUAAAGAGUCCUUCGCAGUAGAUUAGAAGAAAA